AGGUUGUUCUUGUGGAUUCAAAAGAAAACAAACACCUUCGUGACAUUGUUGCUGUUUUGUUCAAAUACAAUUACUCUGAAAAUUCAAUACUAGCAGAUGAAAGUCAUGGUGAUGCCAUUAUAAAACUUCUCGGUCCAACAGUGAACCAACUAUCAGCAUGCUUCACUUUCGACGAAUAUUGUAUCCAUUUAACAUCAAUUGUGUGUCAGAAGUUAGGAUUUGUUGGAGUCAGUCCUGAUGUUGCCCUUAUGGUCCAGAGCAAACAACUUACAUAUGAUGCUCUGAGAACAGAACCACGUGAUUAUGAUACCAAUCAAUAUUCCCCUUUAUCAUUCCAAAUCCAAAAUGUAUCAGAUAUAUCAAAUGCAAAAGGUUUAUCAUUUCCAGCGAUACUGAAACCAGAAUAUGGUCAUUUUUCCGAGGCUGUAUCAAAAGUGUACUCAAUUGAUGAUUGUGCUUCUAAAUUUAACAUGCUACAAAGUACAUAUGGAAAGGAUUGGGAUGGGGUUGGCUUUGGUAGUUCAAUGGUUCUUAUGGAAUUUUUGCCAGGUAUUGUUCACCAUAUUGAUGUAAUAAUAUUUCAGGGUGUUUUGAUUAAAGCACUGGUCACUGACAUGGGUCCAAAAUUACCAUAUGGAUUUUCUGAUACAACCACAUGUUUUCCUACUACCUUACCAGAUAAACUCGUGGCAGAAAUAAUUCAGGCAUCAUUCGAUUGUUGCAGAAAGAUCGGACUAGAUAAUGGCGUUUUCAAUGUCGAAAUGAUAGUGACUCCAAAUGGUUUAAAGUUGAUUGAAAUUAACUGCAGACCAGGUUCUUACCGUAGAUGUGUCGUCUUCCGAACAACGAACUCAAUCGACCUAUUCGUAACACUAGCUUUAAUUGCUGCUGGAAUAAAACCAGAGUUUCCUAAAACUAGCAAUGUGUAUGCAGUUGGAUGUUAUCUAUACUCGUUCGCUCAUAGUCGUCAAUUACAAGACAAAACUGUUCAGCAAAAAAUCAUGGAACUGAAAAUUAGAAAAGAAAUUCUAUAUAUUGAACGAACGGAUAUUUCUAAAGUUGAUGAAAUGUUUCCAAAGUGUUUUGCUCAUUUAGUUGCAUUUGACAAGACAAAUGGAAAACUUGCAAAGCAAAAGUUGAUAAAGAUUUGCAAGGAACUCGCCUUGUAUACCAAUGACUAUGAUUUAGAACAGUUGACAAAAUAUUUCUAUUAGAUUUUAUUUUACCCUUUUUAUACGACCGCAAAUUUUGAAAAAAAUUUCGUCGUAUAUUGCUAUCACGUUUGCGUCGUCGUCGUCGUCCGAAUACUUCUAGUUUUCGCACUCUAACUUUAGUAAAAGUGAAUAGAAAUCUAUGAAAUUUUAACACAAGGUUUAUGACCAUAAAAGGAAGGUUGGUAUUGAUUUUGGGAGUUUUGGUCCCAACAUUUUAGGAAUUAGGGGCCAAAAAGGGCCCAAAUAAGCAUUUUCUUGGUUUUCGCACUAUAACUUUAGUUUAAGUUAAUAGAAAUCUAUGAAAUUUAAACACAAUGUUUAUGACCACAAAAGAAAGGUUGGGAUUGAUUUUGGGAGUUUUUGUUUCAACAGUUUAGGAAUUAGGGGCCAAAAAAGGGCCCAAAUAAGCAUUAUCCUUGGUUUUCGCACAAUAACUUUAGUUAAAGUAAAUAGAAAUCAAAGUAAAUAGAAAUCAAUGAAAUUUAAACACAAUGUUUAUGACCACAAAAGGAAGAUUGGUAUUGAUUUUGGGAGUUUAGGUCCCAACAGUUUAGGAAUUAGGGGCCAAAAAGGGACCCAAAUAAGCAUUUUUCUUGGUUUUCGCACCAUAACGUUAGUAUAAGUAAAUAGAAAUCUAUGAAAUUUAAACACAAGGUUUAUGACCAUAAAAGGAAGGUUGGUAUUGAUUUUGGGAGUUUUGGUCCCAACAGUUUAGGAAAAAGGGGCCCAAAGGGUCCAAAAUUAAACUUUGUUUGAUUUCAUCAAAAUUGAAUAAUUGGGGUUCUUUAAUAAGCUGAAUCUAACUGUGUAUGUAGAUUCUUAAUUUUUGGUCCCGUUUUCAAAUUGGUCUACAUUAAGGUCCAAAGGGUCCAAAAUUAAACUUAGUUUGAUUUUAACAAAAAUUGAAACCUUGGGGUUCUUUGAUAUAAUGAAUCUAAAAAUGUACUUAGAUUUUUUAUUAUUGGCCCAGUUUUCAAGUUGGCCCAAAUCGAGGUCCAAAAUUAAACAUUGUUUGAUUUUAUCAAAAAUUGAAUAAUUGGGGUUCUUUGAUAUGCCAAAUCUAACUGUGUAUGUAGUUUUUUAAUUUUUGGUCCAGUUUUAAAAUUGGUCUACAUUAAAGUGCAAAGGGUCCAAAAUUAAACUAAGUUUGAUUUUAACAAAAAUUAAAUUCUUGGGCCUCUCUGAUAUGCUGAAUCUAAACAUGUACUUAGAUUUUUGAUUAUGGGCCCAGUUUUCAAGUUGGUCCAAAUCAGGAUCUAAAAUUAUUAUAUUAAGUAUUGUGCAAUAGCAAGUCUUUUCAAUUGCACAGUAUUGUGCAAUGGCAAGAAAUACCUUAUUUCACAAUAUUGUGAAAUAGCAAAUUUUUUUUUAAUUAAGAGUUAUCUUUCUUUGUCCAGUAUAGUAAGCAAGAAAUAUCGUAUUGCACAAUAUUGUGCAAUAGCAAGUUUUUUUUUUAAUUGGAGUUAUCUUUCUUUGUCCAGAAUCAACUUAAAUCUUUGUUAUAUACAAUAUACAAUGUAUAUAUUCACUUUUUACUACCAACUGAUAAAUUUAAAUAAUCUUUACCAUUCAGUGAUAACAAGCAGUUUUUUUUACAUCUUAAUAUUUUAUGAUGUAUUUAAAUGAGUAGUUAUUGUUGCAAACUCCAUUAGAAUAUAUUAAUUGAGAUUAGUUUUGGAAUAAGGGAAAGGGGGAUGUGAUUAAAAAAUUGGGUUCAAUUUUUCUCAUUUGAAAUUUCAUAAAUAAAAAGAAAAUUUCUUCAAACAUUUUUUUGAGAGGAUUAAUAUUCAACAGCAUAGUGAAUUGCUCUAAGAGAAAACAAAAAUUUUAAGGUCAUAAGAAUACAUUCAUUCUGUGUCAGAAACCUAUGCUGUGUCAACUAUUUAAUCACAAUCCAAAUUUAGAGCUGAAUCCAGCUUGAAUGUUGUGUCCAUACUUGCCCCAACCGUUCAGGGUUCAACCUCUGCGGUCGUUUAAAGCUAUGCCCUGCGGAGCAUCUGGUUGUUUUUGUUUUAGGGCACAAAACUGUAAACAGAAAAGUAUAAUCAGCAAUGCAAGAUCAACAAAAAGAGAAUUAUAUAUGUAUAUUCUAUUUGAAAAUAUAUUAUCACUUUAGGGUUAAACACCCAAACAUACUCGUCGAACUGUUUGAUAUUACGAGUCUACCUCAUAAUCUUAUGUUCAUAGAUGUUGGUCAUACUCCUUUUAUAUUGAAUUUUGAUAUAAUAAAAUAUAUUGAAUAGCAUUUUGGUCUUUUGUAAUUUGUCUUUUUAUUGACAAUCAUACCACGCAUUGUUAUUGUUCUAUUCACCUAG